AUGAAGUACAGUCGCGCGGAAUCAAGAUGCAUCCAUCAGGCCGUAGAGACUCUUAGCUUUACAGUCCACACCUCGUUCCCAAAUGUUGGUUUCACCAGACGUGCUUGCGUGAUUACUUCCCCAGACGAGAGGCUCAAAAUUAAGAUUCUCAUCUACCCGGUCUCCGUCCCCGCCGAAAAGCAACUACAUUCGAUACUUUUUCAUAAAUACCGCCGAGAAAAAGUAUUGAUUACUCUGAUGGCCUUCGAGGAUGCAUGUGGUGCAGCGGCAGGAGAAAGAACAACAGCUCAUGCUACCAGGCACUUCGUCUUAUUUCAUUUCGGUAUUGUAUUUCGUUUGAUGAUUAGUUGCGUCAAGUCGUCUCAUUACAUCUCGUCACUGCAGGUCCCUGCUUCGUUUGUGGAGCAGACCUACGCGAGCACCUGGGUUCGCUCUCAGCAGUCGACCGAGCACUGGGCCUCAUUCUGUGAGGCUGUUGGGGCAGUCAACAGAGACAAGGCAACUCUCCAGGCUCACAGCGUCCUGCCACCGAAUCAACGAUUGACAGAGUCACUGGAUGCGCCGGAAGAGAAGGAAACUAAGCAUUAG